AUGGAGGUUCCAUAUCUAUACAUCUCCCUCCUCCUCCUCCUUCUAGCUUCAUAUCUCUUCCGUCGCAAAUCCGCCAACCUCCCGCCAACUGUCUUCCCAGUCCUCCCGAUAAUCGGCCAUCUCUACCUCUUGAAACCACCACUCCACAGAACCCUUGCCAAAAUCUCCGCCAAAUACGGCCCCGUCCUCCUCCUCCAGCUCGGAUUUCGCCGCGUCCUCCUCGUUUCCUCCCCUUCAGCCACCGAAGAAUGCUUCACCAAAAACGACAUCAUCUUUGCAAACCGCCCUCACAUGUUAUUCGGUAAGAUCAUUGGCAACAACUACACUACUCUCAUAUGGUCUUCCUAUGGCGAAAACUGGCGCAACCUCUGCCGCAUUGCUUCACUCGAGAUCUUAUCAACUCGUCGUCUCAACGAGUUCCACGACAUACGUGUUGAUGAAUGCAGGCUUAUGAUCCGUAAACUGAUGUCCGACUCUAAUCCAGUGAAUAUGAAGACAGUUUUCUAUGAACUGACUUUGAAUGUGAUGAUGAGGAUGAUUUCUGGAAAGAGGUAUUUCGGUGGAGAUAUUGCAGCCACGGAGGAGGAAGGGACGCGGUUCAGGAAGAUAAUGGACGAGACGGUUUUGCUCGCCAGUGCUGCUAACAUUGCCGUACCGAUCUUGAGUUGGUUGGGCGGGAAAGGGUUGGAGAAAAAGUUGGUUGCGUUGCAAGAAAAGAGGGAUCGGUUCUUUCAAGGGUUGAUCGAGCAACUUAGAAGAUCAAAAGGGGAGACGAAGAACACGAAGAAGAAGACGACGAUUGAAGUGUUGUUAUCGCUACAAGAAUCUGAUCCUGAAUACUACACUGAUCAAAUGAUUCGAAACUUUGUCCAGGUAAGAUCUCUUCUCUAA